GGUACUUUUUGCGUACGUACGUUUGUUUCUGAAAAGAAUUUGGCUGUUCGAGUGUAUAGAACGCUAAUUUUAUUGAUUGCUUAAGCAUGGAAGUAUUCUUUAUAUUAAACUGAUAUAUUUUUAAUGGUACCUUUCAAUAUUAAACAGCAAUUUGUGUGAGCAAAUGUUAAGAAACCUGUUGUUAGGAUUAGUGAUAUUUUUGCAAAACGUUAUGUAUUGUUUCACCUGAAUUGCAGAACAGCUGUUUGCCGAAAAGGGAGUUAUAUUAAAGUAAUUGGCUCUUCAUGGCUUCAAACAUAAUUCCUAUGCUUUCUUCAAGCCCACCACCUAUUGAUGAUUGCCCUGAUAAUGAUGAUGAUGAUGAUGAAUUUGGGACUUUCACUUCUGCAAACAUAGGUUUUGAUUCCUCCUUUGACAGUCCAGUUGCUGGCAAUAAAUAUAAUUCUUUUAAAUCUGGUGAUAAUGGUGUGAAUGACAUUAAUCUGAAAAGUGACUUGAACACGCUUUGUUCGUGCGAUGAUUCUGAAAUGCCAUCUCCUAAAGAUUUUUUUUCUAAUAUUUCUAAAAAUAAAUGUAGUGACAUAAGCUCUUCUCCAGUUGAAAAUGAAAAGUGCAUCAAGGAAAUAUCAUCAGAUCAGAUUUUCUGCAAAUCAAAUAAAAAGGGCAGUGUUGAAGUUAAAAAUUUUCUCGUUGAUGAAAGACUUAUAACUGAUAGUGAGGACGUUUUCUCAAAUUCUAUGAAUAACUCUUUUCAUGCAGAAAUUUCUCCUGCUGAAUCAGAAAGAAUUUCUGCGAAUGUGUAUGAAAAGAGUGUUUCUUCUGAACAGGAUGAUUUUUCUAAUUGCUCAAUUCAAAGUAAUCUUCAAAAUGAAUUAAACUGUAUUAAUAUACAGAAAGAUAGUCAUAAUAACAGAAAAGCUGAAAAUGUUUCUGAACCUACCAGUGAAAAUACAAGUAAAUUAUGUGCACCAUAUGAUGCUACAUCAGGUGUAGAAUCGCAUGGUGAUAAGUCAUUAAGGUUUGAAACAACCUCACUGGAUACUGAAUCUAUUUCAGAACAAUUCCAGGCAUCCCCAAAAAAUGAUGAAAAUGUUCACUAUGGGGAUUUUGAUUUUGCUGUUAAAGGUGAUGAUUUCCCUGUAGAUUUUUCUGUUGUGGACAGUAUUGAUGAAUUUGACAAUUUCCAAAAGGCAAAUUUUGAUACAUCAGCUGUAUGUGAAAAUGAAGGGCUAUAUUCUCCAUCACUUCCAAAUGCCAAAAAUAGCAACCUUUGCACUGCUGUUGUUGAAGAUAAAAGUGAUGAUUUUCAGGCAUUUGAUGCAGAGUGUGAUGAUUUUGAUGAUUUUCAAAGUUGCAAGAAGUUCGGCCCUGCUGUUGAAUUAAAAAGUGACUUUCAUUUUUCUGCCGACUCCAAGAAUGACAGUUUUGAUACUUUUCAAAAUGGAAUAGUUAGUGGUCAGGAAUCUGAUGAUUUUGAUGAAUUUCAAGCGUGUAGUAAAACUUCUGGUGAUGAAGUGGAUGGUUUUGCUGAUUUUGAAGGUGUGGAGUUUAACAGCACCAAUCAAUUGCCAGAAUCUGAAUCUUGUGAAUUUGCUGACUUUGAAGGAGCAGCAUUUGGAUCUGCAUCUCAAGAAAUGUUUCCUUCAACUUCAUGCAAUACUUCUACAAUCCAAGAAAGAAGUUUUGAUAAAAUAUCAACUGUAAUAAAUGCAAUCUUCCCUGUUCCUGAUAUGUCGGAUGAUACUGAUACAUCAGAUGAAGUGGAAUCUGAAAUUUUGGAACAAAGUAACAAGAGUCGCAGAUUGUGGGAAAAAUUACAUGAAGUUGAGCAAACUCCAGGGCUUCGGUUCCAGUGGGGAGUGUCUCAUUCUUUUCAACAGCUUUUACGUUCUGUAAAUGUUGAUUAUCACAGUAUUUUGCGCACGUCCUCCGUCCCAAUUUUCGCUUCAAGUUUGAGUCUGCUAGAACCAAUAAAGGGUCAAACAAGUUCAGCUAACCAGGAGCCAGAAGAUAGAAAUCAGAGUAGUCCUCGAGACCCCAUUCCUCCUGUAGAGUUUGACUGGAACAGCAGUGGACUUGUAAAUCCUUUAGAUUCUGGGCAAGCUGUGUCAACACUCAUGGACCUCUCUUUUCUGUCUUCUACUGAAACUCCCACCUCAUCAGCUGUUAGUAAUCACAGCUUUGAAAAUGAAUUCCUAAAACCUAGUCCCAUUCUUACAUGCUCUGAAAGUAGUAGUAAACCUCAAAUCCUUGAACAACUGCUUUCCAAAAAUGUUAGUUCUCUUCCCAACUCUAACUUUGCCCACCGUCCAUCAGAUUUAAGUGCAGAAGCAACACAUGUUUUGGACCAACUGCCAGACUUAUCUUUUAUGCGAGCGAAGGUUCUCAUGUUUCCUAUUUCUAGCAAAACUUGAUAUAUCAUGUACAUAGAUAUACAAGAAUAAUUCAAAUGUUGUUUAUAUGUAUAUGGAUGAUAUGUACGUACCGAAGAAUAUUAGUGUAUUUGAUUAGUACUAUUAUUCAAAUGGGCUAUUAUAAUGAGUGGUUGAUGUCUAAUGUGAUUAUUGUAGAUUGUCUAAAUGUGAAUACAGUCAAAAGUCGUUAAUUCGGACCUCAAAGCUAAAAACUUUCUGCGCAUGCGCCGCGUUGACACAUGUGCAAAGGCGUUUACGGGUGCGCGUAAACCUUUACGACUGUGCACAUGCAUGUGCACAAGCGCAGAAUACAUUUUAAUGUAUAACGGGCGGUAUAAGCUAAAAUGAUCUAAUUAUCUAUUUCACUUAAUGUUGAUGAUUGCGUUGUUCCUUAAUCUUCGAAUUGGAUGCACUUAU